AUGACUGACAAGCUCCCACCCCCUUUGCUGGCCCUCUUCCAGCCCCGGCCACCCCUUCGCUACAUUGUCCCCACAGACCGAGCUCCAGAGGACUGCCCGAAAAGUACGAUCUCUGGUGUCGCCCAAUACCUUGAGGCAGCAAAGGAGUUCAAGGAAGAAGCACCAUACAAUGCAACUGAGUGCUGGUUGCAGCGCAAGUGGCGUGAGAAGGUUGAGAAGAAGGAGACAUUGUCUUCACAGUUGACGGAUGGCCUGCAAAAUUUCAAUCCCAAGGAGGAUCCACAAGCUCGAGGUGAUCCUUUCAGGACCCUCUUCAUUGCACGACUCAGCUACGAAGUUAAAGAAGCAGACUUGGAGCGAGAAUUCGGACGCUUUGGCCCAAUUGAGCGUAUUCGCAUCGUCAAGGAUACUGUUUCGCCGAAAGCAGGAAAGAAGCCUCACCGAGGAUACGCGUUCAUCGUCUACGAGCGAGAGAAGGAUAUGAAAGCGGCAUACAAGGAGACAGAUGGGAUCCGCAUCAAGGACCGACGCGUCUUAGUCGAUGUGGAACGUGGUCGCACAACCAAAGGCUGGAAGCCCCGUCGCUUCGGCGGUGGUCUUGGCGGCCGUGGGUACACUAAGGCCAUGCCUUCUCGCCCCAUGGGACCAGGCUUCAACGCACCAUCCGGCCCGGGUGGGUUUGGUGGUGGAUUCCGUGGCGGCUUCGGAGGUAGAGGUUUCCGAGGCGGAGGCUUCCGGGGUGGUGGUGAUCGGUUCGGUGGCCGUGGAGGAAUCGGUUACCAAGGUGGCCGCGGUGGUUUCGGAGGACAAGCACCGCCAAACGCCCCCUCUGGUCCUGGCGGCGGACGUGGUGGUGGAUUUGGGGGAGGGGGUUACGGUGGGGGAGGCAGGUUUGACCGUGGUGUGACUGGCAGCAACCGCGAGCCCGUUCGUCCCCGAGAUUCAUACGCAGACCGCGAUCGCCGUGACGACCGUGACCGAGGAGAUCGAGCAGACCGCGACGGUGGCGACCGCUACAAAGACCGAGACCGCAUGUCAGACCGCAAUGGCGGCGACCGGUACCGCGAUCGGGAGCGUGACCGUGAGCGCGAUAGGUACAGCGGUAGUGGUGGCCGAGAGGACUUUGGACGCAAGCGACCCCGUGAGGAUGACGGCUAUGAUGACAGUCGCUCUAGAAGACGAUACUAA